CUCUCUUUAUAUUUUCUUGCGACCAAAAAACUUUUUUGCCAAAGAAAAAAAUGGGUGAUCGAAAGGCAGUUAUUAAAAAUGCCGAUAUGACGGAGGAAAUGCAAACUGAGGCGAUUGAUUGUGCAACUCAGGCUCUUGAGAAGUAUAAUAUCGAGAAGGACAUUGCUGCCUAUAUCAAGAAGGAAUUCGAUAAGAAGUUCAACCCGACAUGGCAUUGCAUUGUUGGGCGCAAUUUUGGAUCAUAUGUCACGCAUGAGACCAAGCACUUCAUCUACUUCUACUUGGGUCAAGUUGCCAUUCUUCUCUUUAAGAGCGGUUAG